AUGAUUUUAUCGGUUUUCUUUUUGUUUCUCUUUUUAAAGAACACAAACUGUGAACUCUAUCGUCUCUACGAUGGUGCGGAUCCAGUCACGAUUCUCAACCGAGAGAACUUUGAUGAAACCGUUUAUGGACAGAAAAGCGCCACCUUUGUCCACUUCUACGUUCCUUGGUGUAGUGUUUGUUCGAGCUAUGCGCCAAUAUACAACGAAUUUGCCAGAGAGGUCGGAGAUUGGAAAUCCAUUGUGAAAGUGGCUGUUGUGAAUUGCGAUGAGAAUGGGCGUCUGUGUAAAGAACACGUCAGAAGCUAUCCAUCAUUUAGGUAUUUUCCAUACAACGCCACAACAAAAGAAGACGCCAAAGAAUAUCAGGGAUCCUAUCGAAAUAUCACUACUUUGCCUCUCGAUUUGGCAGAGCUCAAUGAGACGUCAAGCCUUGGAGCUGCGCUUGCUCUCACUUAUCAUCAAAAUCCGCAUCUAACUGUGGUGACACUGAAAACGACAGAAAACCGAGAGAGCUUCCUUGAGUUUCCGGAGGGAAGUGUGGCUCUAUUGAGAAGGGAUUCGCCUCGUGUACUAUGGUUUUCCGGGCCUUUGAGUACAUUGGACUCCAUAAAAGUAAUGGUCGAUAAUUUGGCACCCGAAACGAUUUUCCAUCCAACUUCAAGCUCUGCCCGAAGAAAUGAUCUUCCUUUGGACGAGGAUCUAAUUCCCGGAUUGUGUAAAUAUGGUACUUGGAUUGAAGUGUUCGAAGAUGGUACAUAUCGUUGUCGACGCUGCAAAACGUGUUGGCCUGGCCAGUACGAGUUGGCUCCGUGUCAAGGUCCGCAAAACACGAUUUGUGUCUCGUGCUCAUAUAUUGCUAGCAAAAACCGAGACUUCAGAAAUAAAUGUACAAAUCGGAAUCAGAAAGGAAUUGAAAGUAACUGGAGAUCGAGAUCGAGUAACUGGAGAUUCCCAAUGUCAUCAAAUAAAACAAGAGCAAACGAUCAGUCAAGAACUGAUCCAUACUCAACAACAGAGAAGGUCCAACUUUUCCGGGCAACAGCCACGCAAAACACAGAUCAAAUAGGCAGCUCACGGAGUGUGCUGAUUUCGAUUAUUCUCUUGGUUUUACUCGGAAAUCUCUGUCUCUGCGUGCUUUGGUUUGGCUGGUAUUGUAGAGAUCGUCGAAACAGGAAAGAUAAGGAACGAUUGCCUGACGAGCAGCUUGAAGAUCAAAACCACAAAUGCGACACGCGGAAAUUGAUAAAUGAGCUU